AUGAACAGCGCCGUUUCGCACAAAUUCCAGGCUCCCCAAGGAAAACGAGUAUUGGUGAAUAUUGUUCAAGUGCAUGGACGAUGCGUUGAAGGCUGUUGGGAAGAUGGUGUUGAGUUCAAAAUGUCGAACGAUGUACGACCUGUCGGGUACAGGUUUUGCUGUCAACAAGCCUACCAAAGGCGAAUUCUAUCCAGGUCCAAUAUUGUCCCAUUCAUUGUGACAUCUCGUAAUACUGGGAUGUCGCUUACAUUCGAGUAUACCUACGCACCGUCCCAGAUCACUGAUAUUGUGAACAAAGUCGAAAUGGAAGAUGACGGAUUAACCACUACAAUAGCUACGGUCGUCUAG